AGAACUUCAAAACGUCGUCACAUUAGCUCGCUGCUGGUAGACCACUGGCCACCUAAAACCCUCCAAACCAUCCGAGGAAUCUUAAGCAGCUCAACCGUGGCUUCAAUGGCGACUCCAGCAGAAGCAGAAGGCUUCGAGGCCCUCCACUUUCUGAAAUCAGUAGACCCUCCCCUCUGGCUCGCACCGUCUCAGGACCUCUCUCACACCGCUCGCACGGCUUCGCGCCACCUCUUCUCGCGUCUGAGGCCCUUCUGCCCCAAGUCGCCUUUCGACAAUCUUCUCGUCGAGGGCUUUGACGCUGAACAGAUAUGGCAGCAGAUAGACUUGCAAUCUCAGCCUCUGUUGUCGAGUCUCCGGAAAGACCUGAGGUGGUUCGAGAAAAACCCAGGAGAAAUUUCGAAGCUUUUCAGCGAGAUGGGUGGCAAAUUGAAGGGAGAGAGUGAGAAUGGAAAGAGAGAGACUGAGACUUUUGAAGAAGAUGAGGAUGUGGAGGAGUUUGAUGAAGAGGGGUUUGAUGAUGAUAAUGAAGAUGAUGAUGAUGAUGAUGAGGAGGAGGAGGAGGAGGAGGAGGAGGAAGAUGGAGAGGGGGAGGAGGGAAGCGGUGGCACUGGAGGGAUUGAGGAUAAAUUUCUUAAGAUGAAGGAUUUGGAAGAGUAUUUAGAGAAAGACGAGGCGAGAGAGUAUGGGUUGAAGAAGAAGAAGAAGAAGAAGAGUGAUGGUAAGGUUUCCAAAGAAGAAGAAGAAGAAGAAGAAGAAGAAGAAGAUGGAGAUGAAGACGAGGACGAGGAGGAGGAUGAUGAGCUUGGAGCAUUUGGGGAUGGUGAUGAUGAAAGCAAGUUGGAAAGUGCAAGAUACGAAGAUUUUUUUGGUUCUAAGAGGAAACAGGAUUCAAAAAGCAAAAUGAAACCAGAUGAUGGAACAGAUGACUUGGAAACUGACAAUGAAAUAGCAGAUGACAAGAAGAAAGAACUUUCUACCCAUGAAAAAGAACUUGCGAAGCUUCGGUCAAAAAUAGAGGAAAUGGAAAAAGCAAAUUUGGAGCCAAGGGCUUGGGACAUGCAGGGAGAGGUAAGUGCUGCUAAAAGGCCAAAAAAUAGUGCGUUAGAAGUUGAUCUAGAUUUUGAGCACAAUGUGAGACCUCCCCCUGUAAUCACUGAAGAAGUUACUGCAUCCCUUGAAGAUUUAAUUCGGAAACGAAUCCUUGAGGGGCAUUUUGAUGAUGUUCAAAGGGCGCCUAGUUUACCGUCUAAAGCACCAAAAGAACUAAAGGAAUUGGAUGAGAAUAAAAGCAAGAAGGGGCUUGCUGAAAUUUACGAGGAGGAAUAUGUCCGGGAGGCAGAUCCGACUUCUGCCCCUCUAUCUUUUUCCGAUGAACAGAAGAAGGAGGCAAGCAUGCUGUUUAAGAAAUUGUGCUUGAAAUUGGACGCUCUUUCUCAUUUCCACUUCACUCCCAAACCUGUUAUAGAAGAAAUGUCAAUACAAGCAAAUGUCCCAGCUUUGGCUAUGGAAGAGAUUGCACCUGUGGCAGUCUCAGAUGCAGCUAUGCUGGCCCCUGAGGAAGUUUUCGCUGGCAAAGGAGAUAUUAAAGAAGAAGCAGAGCUAACAAAAGCAGAAAGGAAGAGGAGGAGAGCUAGUAAAAAGAGGAAAUUUAAAGGUAAGAGUGUUUAUAUUAAUUUUUUAGCUAAUUUAUUAAAUACAAGUCCUCAUUUUCAUGUUAUCCAUGGAAGUGGAAGCUUUGUGGUGCUGAGUUUGACAGGUAGAGUUUUUGCAUCAAUCAAACCUGCAAGACCCUUUUAUUUAUUUACCUGUCAUUUGUGCCAGGUCUAAUUUGUUGCAUUCUGAUGUUUGCGUUUCUUUAUGAAGCAUGCUAAAGUGUCUGAGGAGAUGAAACUUCCUCACGUUGGUUGCUGACACAAAUACACUCAUUAAGUACACUCAUGCAUGUCAUUAGGGAGGCCAUUGAUCCUAACCAUUAGCUGACAACCUUAGACUGUUUGGGAAAACUAAAAUUUCAGCUGGUUGAUACCAAUACCUUAUUUUUUAAAAUUUUUUUAUUUACUGGGUCAGUUGAUACUGAAACUGGUUGAGUAUGCUUUGGAUUAUUCUGGAGAAAAAGUGUGCAUCUCAAAUUAUAUUCUCAAGUAGCAUUUCAUUCGUGUUGAGCCCAACCUGCAAAAACACACACACUGACAUUAUAGACAAGUUGUCUUACACUUGUUUUGUUUUGUCUUUUUGUUUUUGGAAGAAACCCUUUCAUUUUGUGCUCUCGGAGAUAUCUGCAGUUCUUGUUUUGUAUUGGCUAUGAUAUAUAUGAAAUAACUAGGUUUGCUUGAGAUUUAACUGAAGCCACUUCCAAUUAACCAGUUCCUGGCCUGGUGUAUUGUACAAAUAUAGUUGUCAGAAUAACAUUUUCCGAUUCCCUCAGUUUUAUUUACUAAUUUACUAAUUCUUGAUUUUGGGCAACAUGGUUACAGCCGGGGCAUCAAAAAGGAUGUCUAAGAAGGCACAAGAACAUGGUAAUUCCUUUGCUUUCUGUAACAAACUGACCCUAUGUAAGAUUGAUCCAAAUAUUUAGUUCCUCAAAUUCUUCAUGAAAUUGCAGGAAAAGAAGAAACUGAUUAAUUCUUGCCCCAACUUGUAAGGAACUUCCUGCAUGCUUUCAACUUGUAUACAAUUUGCAAUUUUAUCAUUGCCUUGGGGGGAUAGGUCCAAGUGACCCAUCUGAAGAUCCAAAUAUUUAGCUUCUCAAAUUCUUCAUGAAAUUGCAGGAAAAGAACUGAUUAAUUCUCACCCCAACUUGUAAGGAACUUCCUGCAUGCUUUCAACUCGCGUACAAUUUGCAAUUUUAGCAGUGCCUUGGGGGGAUUGGUCUAAGUGACCCAUCUGAAGAUCUCAUCAGUAGCCCACAUUUAGCAAUCUUAAGUUUUUGACAGCAGAGGCAAAACCCUAUAUAGAGAGGGGAUGAUAGAAGAUCUAAGAGUAGCUUAGUCUUAUUGGAUGGUAUUUUGGCCAGUGUUACUGUAAUUUUGAAAUUUUGGAAUUGUUAUAAUUUGGCUAAUUUUGUUCAAUAAAUUUAAUCAGGGAUGUUAUAUAUUCUUUCAUAAUACAAAUGGCUCAUAUUGUUGUAGCUAUGAA